AUGAUGAUUGACCAAUUCGAGGACGUCUUGAAGAAGACAUCCCAACUCUUCCCUCUCCCAACCGCCACGGCUUCGGCUACGCCUACACAUGUAGCUCCGAUUCCUUCGGUCCUGCCCGACACUCCGAUCCACGAGUUCGUUGGCAGCGCAGGAACGAAGACGCUAUGGGUCGUCUUUGUGCUCAUGCUCAUCGCCUCUGCUGCCUUCACGGCCUUGUCCUGGAGGGUCCCAGUGUCUAAACGCCUCUACCAUGUCAUCACCACCUUGAUCACCGUCAUCGCUGCUCUCUCGUACUUCGCAAUGGCAACUGGACAUGGCGUCUCUGUCCACAAAAUCACCAUCCGCCAUCAGCACGAUCACGUCCCCGAUACCUACGAACACGUUCAUCGCCAGGUCUUUUGGGCUCGUUACGUCGAUUGGAGUUUGACCACUCCGCUCCUCAUUCUCGAUCUCGGCCUCCUAGCUGGUAUCUCCGGCGCCCACAUCUUCCUGGCUAUUGCUGCCGAUCUGAUCAUGGUCUUGACUGGUCUGUUCGCUGCCUUUGGCUCCGAGGGCACUCCUCAGAAGUGGGGCUGGUACACGAUUGCCUGCCUUGCUUACAUCGUCGUCAUCUGGCACCUCGCUGUCAACGGAGGUGUCAAUGCUACUGCCAAGGGCCCCAAGCUUCGUGCCUUCUUCAUCGCUAUCGGCACUUACACUCUCGUGCUCUGGACUGCCUACCCCAUUAUCUGGGGUUUCGCCGAUGGUUCUCGCAAGCUUGGCGUAGAUGGCGAGAUCAUCGCUUACGCCGUGCUAGAUGUCCUUGCCAAGGGUGUCUUUGGUGCCUGGCUCCUCAUUACCCAUGCCAACUUGCGCGAGAGCGAUGUUGAGCUGGGAGGUUUCUGGGCCAACGGCCUCAACCGUGAGGGUGCCAUCCGCAUCGGCGAGGACGAUGGCGCGUAA